CUUCAGCUUGAGGCAAUGCCCUGCGCUCUUUCUUUCUUUCCCAGAACUUGAUUGCGCUUGCAGUCACUAUCGGUGUCUCUAAUAAAGCAUAAUGGCUGAAUGCGUUCUCGACAUCGUCACCCCUCUGAUAGAGAACGCAAUUUCCAAAGCGUUUUCAUUCGCUUGUGCACAAAUCAGCCAGGCAUGGGGUUUGGAGAAUGAGCUGGGGAAGCUUGCUCGGACGCUUACUAUGAUCCAAGGAGUUCUCCAACAUGCUGAAGAGAGGCAGGAAAGCAAUCAAGCUGUAAGGAUUUGGUUACAGCAGCUCAGUGAUGUAGCUUAUGAAGCUGUAGAUGCACUCGAUGAGUAUGCUUAUGAGGUUCUUAAGCACAAAGUCCAGUCUCGAGGCCGGAGGAAACAGGUGCACACCUUCUUUUCUCUCUUCAAUCGCCCUGUUUUUUGUCUCAAAAUGGCUGAUAAAAUUAGAAAGAUUAAUCGGUCUCUGGCUAUGAUCAAAGAAAAUGGGGUUUUUGUUCUGCUUAUUGGACUUGGUGAGCAAAGUUGUCUUACUACCUGUGCUAGGCAAUAUUUUAGGACAGACUCCGUCCUUGAUUGUUCAAUAUUUGUAGGAAGGAAUGAUGAUGUCUUGAAAAUUGUCAACGUGCUGGAUAACAUGAGGAGUCAACAUCUCCUUUCUGGCAUUUCCAUAGUAGGCUUAGGGGGCAUAGGGAAGACAACAUUAGCAAAAUCAAUAUGUCAGAUGGCAAAAGAACAAAAUUUGUAUGAUCUAGUGGCUUGGGUGUGUGUAUCCGAGAAUUUUGAUGAACAAAUGAUAUUAGGGGAUAUGUUAGAAUACAUUGAUAGCAGUGCUGGUCGAAUGAAUAACAUGGAUGUACUUAUUCAAAAGCUUGGGAAAGGGUUAGAACAUAAAAACUUUCUUCUCGUUCUUGAUGAUGUGUGGAAUGAAGAAAAAGACAGGUGGGAUAGUUUUGAGUCUCGUCUGUCAAAAAUUUCAAAAACCACUGGUAACUCAAUUCUCAUGACAACUCGCAGUGUCAAGGUAGCAUCUAUAAUGGAGAGACUUCCUAUGCACAAGCAUGAUAUGCAGAAGCUAUCUGAUAAUGAAUGUUGGUUGAUAAUUAAGGAUAUUGUUCUCAGAUCUUCCACAGAAACUUCAAUAGCUUCAGAUUUAGAAGGUAUUGGACAGGAUAUUGCAAGACAAUGUGGAGGGCUGCCAUUAGUUGCAAGUGUCAUGGGAGGAACAUUGGGUCAUGAAAUUUCUACUGAUAAGUGGAAGGAGAUUAGAGAUGAUAGAGCAUGGAUGUCACAGGAUAAAAAUAAUAAGAUUUUAUCCAUUUUGAAAAUAAGUUUUGAUCGUUUGCCUUCACCUUUGAAAAUGUGCUUCUCUUAUUGUUCAAUUUUUCCAAAGGAUUAUGUCAUUAGAAAAGAUGAUUUAGUUCAACUCUGGAUGGCUCAAGGUUUUCUGCCCAAAUCAAAUGAAAGCCUUGUGACAAUGGAGGAUAUUGGCAGUGAGUAUUUCAAUGAGUUGUUAUCCAAUUCUUUAUUCCAAGAUCUUGAUUGUGAUUUGUAUGGGAAUGUUGAAUCUUGCAAAAUGCAUGAUCUUGUGCAUGAUCUUGCAUUGCUUGUUUCAAGAGGUAAAACUUUGAUAUGGGAUGCUAGGUGCAAUACUGAUGAGAAUUCUACCAUUCGACAUUUGAGAGUUGAGUCUAAUGGAGAGGUUCUUCCAACCAUCCCAAGAAGUAUUGUUCAAAGGUUGCAUUCAUUGUUUUCAAAUCUUAAUGUUUUUUGUAGCAUGGCAUCAGAUCUCAAAAGCUUGCGAUCUUUAAAAUUAUUUUGGGGAGGUGAGGAAGAAGAGUUGCCAACUUCACUCAAGAAAUUGAAGCAUUUGAGGUACCUUGACAUCUCAGGAAUAUAUUUCAAAGUACCAGCACGAUCCUUCUCUGAGCUUUACAAUUUGCAGACUUUAAAUGCCAAUUCCAAUUGUCUUAUGAAGCUUCCUAAUGGUGGGGCAAAUCUGAUCAGCUUGAGGCAUAUAUAUUCAUAUCACCCAUUCUAUGUAUCUACUAAGCAAUUAACUUCCGUUCAAACACUAUCAAAAUUUUGUGUGGACACAAAAAAGGGAUAUAAUAGGAUUGAAGAGCUUGAAUGCUUAAGCCAACUAAGAGGAGAACUAGCAAUUUCUCAUCUUGAUUGUGUAAGAUCCAAAUUCGAAGCCUCUAAAGCAAACUUGAAAGCAAAAAAAUUGUACAAAUUGGAACUUGCCUGGAAUGAUGGAGACAAAGAAGGCAAUAGCAAUGAUGAAGAGGUUAUAGAAGGUCUUGAACCUCACUCAAAUUUGAAAAGCUUAACUAUUAAGAACUACCGAGGAAAGAACUUCCCAUCAUGGUUGGUGAGAAGUGACAGCUGUUCUGGUUCUUCAAUUCUUCUCAACAACAUGGUGGAGUUGAAAUUAUCACAUUGCUAUGAAUGCACGUGUAUUCCAAGUCUGGGACUAUUGCCUAGUCUCAAGGUUCUGUACAUUGAUGAUAUGCCACAGGUAAGAAGAAUGGGUCACAUGCUUGAUGGGAGGAGUCAAUCUGAUAGGGUAGAAUCAAUCACAUUGUUCCCAGCUUUGAAAAAGCUCGAGAUGUGGCACAUGAAAAGACUAGAGGAAUGGGUUGAAGUUGCUGAGGAUGCAGUGGCAGGAGGCAAAGUUGAGAUCGUUUUUCCUUGCCUUGAAGACUUGUUUAUUUGUAAUUGUCCAGAGUUGAAGACUUGGUCGAUAGGUGGAUUUUCAUCCCAACAUAAGCUCUCUAAUUUGACAAUAUUGCUUUGUUCAAAUCUGAUGGCCAUUCCAAGCAUAGAUGGGCCGUCAUCUCUUGAAAGAAUAGAGCUUAGUGGCUUCAAGGGAUUAACAAGUCUACCAUUUGAGCUUGGAUAUUGCAUUUCUCUUCGGGAGUUGGAUAUUUACAAUGUUCCCAAUCUAAUUUCUAUUCCAGAAGAUGUCGGAAGAUUGCGUUCUCUUGCUUCUUUGACUAUUGAACAUUGUGAAAAAUUGAGAAUUCAGGAGUUCUUAGGCUGCCUCCCUGUUGGCUUGAAGGAGUUGAAGAUGGGUCCUUUUUGCAAAGACUUGGAGGAAUUUCCAUUGCCAAAUCUCAGUUCUAUUGCCUCCCUUGAAUCUUUAAUUUUGAUUGGGUGGGAUAAACUAAGGUCUCUGCCGCACCAACUUCAACAUCUCACUACCCUCAAGAUAUUGGGAAUAUUCUCAUUCAACAGAGUGGAAGCUUUGCCAGAAUGGUUGGGAAACCUGUCUUCUCUUCAGCAGUUGGAAAUUCGUAUGUGUCCUAAUUUGACCUAUCUGCCUUCUCUUGAAGCCAUGGAAUGCCUCUCCAGCUUAGAAUUUCUUUAUGCUUUGGAUUGUCCCAAGUUAAGGGGAAGAUGCACCAACAAGAGUAGCCCUGAAUGGUCUAAGAUUUCCCACAUUCCCAAUAUCGAAAUAGAUGAUAUCCUGCAAGGCAAACCCUGAGACAAGCUAGCUUUCCUGCUCUGAAACCAAAAUCUUGAAGAACUGAAGGUGAUUUUCAUAUAGGGUACCCAUCCAGAUAAAUGUCCUCUCCAUCGAAUUGUUGAUGCUCUCAAAAACUGAUUUAACUAUUCUUCACUACUUCAGCCAUGUUUUUAGAUGAUGACAGCAUGUCAGGUGCAAGUUUACUGGUUCAAUUCAUGAGUUCUUGAAGUUUCUUUAGAGUUCCAUGCCAAAUGUCUGAUCUCAUGUGCAAACUGAACCCUUACUUCUCAUCGGGUCUUUCUAAUCUAAACCUAAACCUAAACGGGAAAACUUGUCAAGGUUUGUCUUGUUGCUUUGCUAUCAUGUGUGCCCUUAAUCAAUUUAUAACUUUGAC